AUGGAGGGCCGAGGAUUGACUUUGCGAAGUAAAUCUCGUAGGCAGCGUCCUCAGAUUAGUGCUCCCAAGCCUAUCUCCGGGCCUCUACCUGCCAAUACCCGAUCACCCGAGUCUAGCCAGGUAGAUGUCCCCUCUACUCGAGAGCGGGCACCCCCAAACGAUGCGACCUCGGAUUUGGUGAAACGACGAUACUCGACCCGAUUCAACAAUGUUCCCGAGUUCGAUGCCGGUGCUCCCCCUGUGCCGGCACUCCCUACACAGAUGCCUGGGGGGCUCGGCCUACCUCCGCAAGCUGUGCUGAGACAAGCAUCGCCAGUCGAUCCCAAUUCCCCGGUUCCGAAAGUAGACCUCAAUGUUCUACGAGACCCCAGUCUUCCAGUUGAUCGAUAUGUCGCCAGCCUUCUCGCCAACGCGUCCGAGGAAGACAUUCAGAAAUAUCAAGAAAGCUUGCGCAAAGUGAAAAACAGAACAUCUACCGAUCUACAACAAAACGUUUACCAGAACCGCACGCAAUUCAUCAAGAUCAGUAAAGAGGCGGAAAAGCUCAAAGAUGAAAUGCGGACCCUGCGUACCCUCAUGGCGGAGCUCACGACGGCGCUGGGACAAACAAGCGUCGGCAAUACACCCAAUCCUAUGGUAGAGGACUCAUUCCCAAAGCGCAAUGCCAACCGUAGUUCGGUCGCCAACUUGGAGAGUAUGUGGAGCGUGCAGCUCCAGACUCUCUGGAAGACUGUGGAAGGAUCGCAGAAGUUUCUGCCCGCUGUGCCUGGGCGGCAUAUUGUCCUAGAGACAGGAAAUUGGGCUGAGCUAGACUCAGCCACAUGGAAACCGAGACGGCCUAUCCACCUUGUGCUACUAAACGAUCACCUUUUGGUAGCUGCAAAGAAGCGCAAGCGAGUCGAUCAGAGUCAUCCCCAACACCGUGGCCCCGUUCCAACAAAACUAGUGGCAGAGGACUGUUGGCCUCUACAAGACAUCGACAUGAUUGAUCUUGGGGCUAAUCUGGGAACCGGCGCCGCACGCGAAGAAGCUAUAGAUCGGGGCAUAGGCAAUGCCAUUACCAUCCGAGUUGGAUCAUCCAAGCCCUUUACAUACCGAAAUGAUAAGCGAGACCCAUCUUUCAAGCAGGAAUUGCUGGCUACCUUCCGCAAAACCGUUGAGGAUCUACGCCGCAACUUGCGAUCGGAGACUGAGGCGGCUAGCAAGCCCCUGGAAGGAUAUGGAUACCUCGCCGGCCGGCACCUGUCGCUUUCACAACAGGCAGAGACAUUCGACCCUUCUGAUUCCGCGCGUGACAAGUCCGAUGUGCGAAUUGACGUGGAUGGAAAACAGCAGAACCUCCGGUGGGUGGAAGGGCAGGUCGAUGAGCUUGACAUCGAUAUUGCUUUACAGCGAUUCGAAGCAUCUGUGGCUAGCAUCGAGCGGCUACGAAAACUGGCCAAGGGACUGAAGAGUAACGCUAUUGCACAAGAUGUCAUCAAUGUCAAGGUUGAUGAACGAGCAACUCGACUGGGUGGCAUUCUCUCACGGGCGCUUGUGGACAAGCACUCUUUCCCAGCGGCAACCAAAACUCAUGUUACUUGGUUGACCCGCUUAGGAUUUGAAGACCCGGCUCGCGAGACCUAUCUGAAAGCGCGCUCGGACGUAAUUGCUCAACGCAUCCGAGCUUGCAUCUUCGAGGGUGAUCUUCCUCUUUACAUCUUCCAGAUCUCCUAUGUCUAUUUCACGCUCAUCAAGAACACCAUUGGCAUUUAUCAGCAAUGCUUCCCCAGUGUCAUGAGUAGUUCUUGUAUCCGAUGGGCGAAGCAUCACCUUGACGGAUUCAACGCUCUGCUCAGUCGACAGCUCAGCAGUGUGCAGCGGGGCACCUCUGUCUGGCAAAAAUGCCUCGACAUUGUGCACGAGCAUGCAGCUCUCCUGGUGGAAGUCGGUGUGGACUUUACGGACUUGGUGGCUCGCGACUUGGAGGAGCAUGGCGAGGGCUCGCCUGAGGGGCCUCGUACCGUUCAGCCAGGAGAGCUCGCGCAAGCUCCCUCACCGGCGACCAUCAUCUAA